AUGUUUGAAGCUGUUCGAAUCGGAUAUCUAUGCACCAGUGCAGUGCUGCUAGUGAUUGCAUUCCAUUCCAGUGGAGUUGUGGCCGAUGCAUCCACCGACCAGGGAACGAUCGACCUGAACAGCAUCGAUAUUAACAAGUUGAAAGAUGACGUGUUCGCAGAGAUACUGCCACCCGAGUUCAAGAACGUCACACUGCCCAAGCUGGAAGACAUUCAGAAAAUCAUCAAAGACAAAUGUUCCCGUGUCGCCGGCAGCGAUGCGUCAUACGAAGAAGCGGAACAAGCCGCCCAUAAUUUUGGCGAUUGCAUGAAGGAUUUGGUAGACUUUAGCGAUCUGCAGGAGGAGAUCAAGAAGGCGAAACCAACGGGUGAUUUGGAUACCGUGUUCAACAAAUAUUGCCGCAGGCGUUCCGCUGCCAUUGAGUGUAUCGAUACGUUCUCAAACAAGAUCGACGUGUGCUUGGAAAAUGACGAAAAAGAAAGCAAAGUGGUGGCGGUGAACAUUGUGCAUGGUCUUUUAAACUUUGUCUGUCACAAGGAUGGCGAUCAGAUUGCCUUGUUCAUUGCAGAGGAAGGUCCGGAGUGUUUUUCGGAUCAAAAAGACGCUCUGAUGGACUGCGUCAAUGGUACACUGUCCGGGUACCUGAAGGACGAUUCGGCCCCGGCAACCGAAGGCCUGCCGAAGCUUGUUAUGGGCAAAAAACAGUGCGAUGAAAUGAGCUCUCUUCAAGAAUGUAUGGUGCAGGCCCUGGAAGGCUGCAAAGAAUCCACACCAGCCAAUUUGGUCGAAUCGUUGUUCAAGUUCGUGCGCCGGGAAACUCCGUGUGCCAACAUUACGGGUGAAGCGAACCCCAGGAAACAUGCCCGAGCUGGUGGAGAGCUAACGAAAGCUUCCCAUCAAAUCAUAACGUCCACGUUGAUAAUGGCGCUGGUUGCCAAAUUGUUGAUACGCUGA